ACUUAGUCAUGUUCAAGACUGAGUAAUAACAACAAUUCAAUUGUUUUUAUUUUUAAAAUAAAAUAUGAUAAAAAUAAUUUAAUUUAAUAAUUUAAUUAAUUACUGCAACUUAUUUCGUAGGAAUUUAUUGCUGAUAAAAAAAACUGAAAUGGCUUCCACUAAAUUUAACAAAAGUGCAAACAUGAAGCACCGGCUUACAAGACCAAAUGCAUCAGUAGCAAACAGCACCAGCCACAUUGGACCCACACCAACGAAAGAUGCAGUCAUGCAGACCCUUCUGAAGCAGGCCAGAAAGUCAGGAGUUUUAAAUUUGUCAAACAGGAGUCUUGGAGAAGUUCCUAAAUGUGUCUGGAACAUUAACUUAGAUAUCCCAGAAGAAGGGAAGUCUAUUUCGUUGGACAGCAAGUCAGAUGACCGAUGGUGGGAACAGGUCGACCUUACAAAAUUGAUUCUUGCCUCAAACUGUCUGAAAAGCAUUUCAAUUGAUAUAUCAUUGCUGCCUGCUUUAACUGUGCUAGAUAUUCAUGAUAAUGGCUUAUCAUCACUGCCUGACUCUCUUGCCACGUUAACAUUACUGAACAGACUCAAUAUAAGUCAGAAUAUGUUCAGUGAACUGCCAAAAUGCGUGUACCAGCUGAAGAACUUGUGCAGUUUGCAGGCACAGCAGAAUAAGAUCAGUAGCAUUGAGGAUUCCAUUGGCUAUCUCAUCAAUUUAGAAGAACUAGAUUUGUCAUCCAAUGAACUGACUGAGUUAUCGGCGUGUGUCGACUACCUCACCAGACUUCUGAGGCUCAACUUAAUGAAGAACAAGAUUGCGACUCUGCCUUCUGAGAUUGGCAGUUUGAAAAAUUUAAAGAUCCUUGAUGCCUCAGACAACAAGUUAGAGAGGCUGCCAGAGGCAGUGGGCAUGUUGAAUAAGCUAGAGAUCCUCUACCUCCAGUUCAAUCAGAUCAAUCAGUUUCCAGAUCUUAAGGGAUGCACUGUGUUGAAGGAGCUACAUUUAGGCAAGAACAGUCUGCAAUCCCUUCCAGUGGAUCGCCUUUCGUCGCUGGUCUCCCUCAAGAUACUGGACCUGAAGGACAACCAACUCUCCAGCAUUCCCGAUGAGAUCAGCUCCUUAGAGCAUCUGGAAAGAUUUGACGCCAGCAACAACAACCUGUCUACAGUACCAAAUACUUUGGGCCUGAUGGUGAAUUUGAAAGCUCUGUAUUUAGAUGGCAAUCCUGUGAGGUCGAUUAGGAGAGAUAUUCUUGUGAGAGGAACCGUGGAAAUUAAGAAAUUUUUGAAAAAUCGUCUGGUGUCUGAACAAUCAGUUACGUCAUCAACAACUGAAAACAAAUUAAUGUUAAAUUUUUCAUUCUUCACAGAAAUUAAACUCUUAUCAAUUAAUUUUGAAAAACUUGUGGAAAUUCCAGAAAGCUGCGUGGCGGGUGCAGUUAAGUGUGGCGUGACACAAGUUGACGCUUCCAAAAAUAACUUUUCGGGAUUUCCUCAAAAAUUAGCAGACUUGAGCAAGUCACUGAAUGAGUUAGAUUUGUGUUUCAAUAAGAUGACAUCGGUUUGUGACACUCUUUGUCAGCUGGACAGAUUGGUCUUCUUGAAUUUUAGCAGUAACCAACUGACCAGCCUGCCAGGUAGUCUAAAGAACUUGCUUCAUUUGAGAGAGAUCAACUUAAAUAUGAACAGAUUCACAGUUUUUCCCGCCUGUCUUUAUAACGUCAAGAGCAUAGAAAUAAUAAUGCUGAGUGAUAAUAAGAUCGAAAAAAUACAAGUGGAGGAUGGUUUGAUAUCUUUGCCUAGGUUAUCAGUUCUCGACUUGCAGAAUAAUAACAUCAGUAGUGUUCCACCUACGCUUGGCAAUUGUACACAACUCAGGUCUCUCAAACUUGAAGGCAACAGUUUCCGCAAUCCAAAUGCAUCUACACUCGCCAAGGGCACUGCAGUACUCCUGGAAUACCUUAGAAAUCGCAUACCCACAUGAUUUUUUUGCUUAAAUUUUUGUAUUUACCAUUCAAAAUGAAUUUAUCUUUUCUUUAAUAAUAUAUAAACCGUUCAUUUGUAUUAUCAUUAUUAUGUGUUAUUUUAUUAUUUGUAUUAUCUAAAUACUGAAACAGAGCUUGUAAUAGGAUACCUACGAAUUGGGAAAAAAAGAAAGACAUAUUUUGUAAAUGCACGUCGUUUAUCAACGUUAUACAAAUUUCUGAUUAAACUUGGACACCUAUUUUAUAUUAUUUGUUUCACAAUUUAUAGUCACGAUAUUUUUGGUUUUCAAUCGGGCCUUACAUUUUUGCGCUAAAAAGAGUA